CCAAUUCAUCCUUGCCAUAACCGAAGCUUUGCUGUUGCCGCCAACAACUUUCUAUUGUGGUCUCCAUGGGAGAAGAGAGCUCAAACCAAAACCAAACCGAGCCACAACUACCCUCUGUUCCCGAAACAGAGCAAUCCCCUGUUCAGGAAAACCAAUCGGAGACACCCGACCCUCCAAACGCUGUUGUCAACCCUGACCCUAAUGAGAAGACCACUUCUUCAGUUGAUCAACAGGUUGCAGAUCAUGCCGAUAAAACGGAUACGGGGGAUUCAGUUGACAAAGAUGCUAUGCUUGCAAGAGUUGUAGCUGAGAAAAGAUUGGCUUUAAUUAAAGCGUGGGAAGAAAGUGAAAAAACGAAAGCAGAGAACAGGGCAUACAAGAAAAACUCUGCUGUUGGAUUGUGGGAGGAUAGCAGAAAAGCAUCAGUAGAAGCACAACUCAAGAAAAUUGAGGAAAGCAUGGAAAGAAAGAAGGCUGAGUAUGUUGAAAAAAUGAGGAAUAAAAUUGCUGAAAUCCACCGGUCAGCAGAAGAGAAAAGGGCGUUUGUUGAAGCUCAAAAAAGGGAAGAAUUCCUCGAUCUAGAAGAGACAGCUGCAAAGUAUCGUAACCGUGGAAAUAUGCCAAGGAAAUUCUUUCCAUGCUUUAGUGGCUAAAUUUUUCAGCUGAAUGCCAGGGACCAAAGCAAAUUCUCGCUGGAUU